AUGGCACAAGCUGUAGAAGGUUACACGGAGGUUCCGCGGGCCGCCGCUCGGAGCGCCAGCCGCGCCAUACCCUCGCCGGGAGAAAGUCCCUUCAUCAAAUAUGCCUUCAUCCUUGCUGCGGCGUCAGUGCGAGAGGAGGCCAGCCCCAGCGCGGAAGCCAUGGCCCUCAGCAGCGUCGGGACGCUCGGCGUCCUGUUGCUCGUCUUCGAGGCGAUCAGUGCAGAGCUGUGGCAGCAGGAGGUGGGCUCGCAGAUGGACCUGGGCGACUCGGGCUCCGGCUACCGCCACGUCAACCUGCGCUGCGGGGCCGACUACAUGCAGGUGGAGGUGAGGACUCAGGAGGACUUCAGCGGAGUGAUCUACACCCGGGGCAGCUACAACAAGAAGGACACGCCCUGCUUCCUGGACCCGCGCGCCGGGAGGGACUUCUCGCUGCGCAUCCCGCUCGGCCAGUGCCACACCAAGCAGGAGGACGACGUGUACUCGAACGUGGUGGUGAUCCAGCACGACGACGAGCUCAUCAUGCCGGGCGACGCCGCCUUCACGCUCGAGUGCGACUUCAGCCGGCCGCGCGACGUCACCGUCAACGCCGACCUGUCGGCCGACCACGGCGCCCGAGGCCGCGAGGUGAGCUCGCGCAUCAGCCUGGCCAACGUGGACCCGGCGGGCAAGGAGCUGCCCCGCCACACCAGGUCCACCGUGGCCAACGACUCGGACUUCGUGGUCUUCACCCCCGAGGACGUGCGCCCCCGGAGGAGGCGCUCCCCCGCCAGUAAGGACGAGCUUUGACGGGGUGUCCACACACCCUGUGGGAAUACACUUACUCUUCCUGGCAAAGACAUGCGAGCUCUCCAGUCAGAGUUAUUCCAUCUGCCGGUACCCAGACGUUAACUUCAUUAUUUCCCCUUUCAGUUUGGGAUUCAUUGCCUACUCGUACACAGGAGCGCACCACCCAGAAUUUCAUUUCUAUUUUCUUUUUUAAAAUGAUUUCCUUUUGUAGAUGGCAAAUACAGAUAUAUAUUUUUAAAAAGGAUUUAUUAUGAUUUCGGGAAUGGAAUUCACCUCAUUGCACAACCCUGCUCAUACGCACUAUAAAAUGGCAUGUGCAAGGUUCGGUUUGUACCAGGCCAGCCAUGGUGACCGCGGAUUCGUUAUUUACAUUUUUUCUUUCAGAAUAUUGUAAAAUUAAAAAAAAAUUUCAGGGGUAUAUGUGGACACCCUGUUUAAAGUCCCUUCCCGAGAGAGCACAUCCUUAAAUACGUAUACAAAUGUAAAAAAAUAUUCUCAAAAUAAUUUAUGUUACCAUU